AUGGCCGGUCAUCGUGGCAGCUACGGCUCACUAUUGUUCGUCGGGCACUGUCAUGUGGUCGAGAAAGAGAAACGUCGAGAGGAGUUAUUGUUGCUAUCGAUCUCCCACGUUGAGGUUCAAAAAUUGAAGAUUCAGAAGCUUGGACAUCCAUCCAUCCAGUCGCCAAGCUCCACCUGCACCCCACCACCAGGACCAGGGGCAUCUCUUGGCAUCUCCCAUCGCUCGCAGUCCCCACAGCUAAUCCCUGCUCAAGCUUCGGUUUCGAAGCUCCAGCCUCGUCGCGACUUGCGCCUGCUUCCCAACUGCUCAGGGGCAUCACGAGCAGGCAAGAUGCCCGGACUUGUUAGGAAGAAACGGAUCAGCGACGAACCAGAUACACAAGAUGCUCCCGCUACGACAUCCACUUUACCAGGUGCUCCUUCACGAAGAGCAACUCGUCAAUCCUCGACCGCCCCGCUACCGACACCAGAAGAUCCCGAGCCACGACGCCGUCGCCGCCGCGUCGAAAGCGAAGCGGAGGAAGAGCUACCCGUGACAUUGCCACUUCGCAAAUCCCGAGCACUUCAAGGCAAGGAGAAUGUGCCUCUGACCACGGGGGAAAACUUACCAAAAGCCACGCGCUCCACACGGCAUAGCGGCGGACUUGAGACUGGGGUUGCUGAAAACCUUACACCAUCGGUGCCCUCUCAGCCUGCUCCAGCGUCACUACCUGUCCCCACGGUCCCUCAUCGCUCGCCUGUCGCCCCUCGUCCGGUUGGCAGACCACCAGGUCGACCCUCAGGCCACGCACAGACAGUGCCUCCAAAUCAAUCCGUUACCGUGGGACGAAACAAGCCCAUCACCAUGGCUACGUCAGGCUCGCAACCAGGCCAUCCGGCGUCGAAAACCGACUCCGUAACGGCGACGAAGACGUCCGAUCGAAAGAGUGCCAUCAAGAAUACACAGACCGACCGAAACAUAGACAAGGUCGUCCUUGGAGACCUCUGUUUCAAGACUUGGUACCCUUCCUACUUUGGCAAAGAAGUCCUGGACAAUGGCCCCGGCACGCUCGACCGUCUCUAUGUCUGCGAUUGUUGCUUCAAGUACUCCAAAGAGCUAGUCGCUUGGUGGCAGCACGUUCAACUCUGUCGGGCAAAGAACUUUAUUCCAGGUUCAAAGAUAUACACCCACCCCAAAGGCCAGCGAACCGUUCUCAAGGCAUGUGGUCCACCGCCCAAAUCCGGCAGAGGUAGGAAGAGCAAUGCCAGUCAAAAGAUGGUAGAGGAGUUGGUUCAAGACCAAGGGGAGUGGAGCAUCUGGGAGGUUGACGGCGAGGUCGAUGUGCUGUUCUGCCAGAAUCUCUCUCUGUUUGCCAAACUCUUCUUGGACAAUAAGUCUGUCUUUUUUGACGUCACCGGCUUCAAGUAUUUUCUGCUCGUCUACACAACCCCGGCUGUUCCAGCACCGUCUUUGCCAACACCGCCAGAACACCCAUCAUCCUCAUCCGGCUCCGGCAACGCUCCUCGCCAACCACGUAGCCAGGUAGUCGGGUUCUUCUCGAAAGAGAAGAUGUCCUGGGACAACAACAACCUGGCAUGCAUCCUCGUCUUUCCACCAUGGCAGCGCAAAGGCCUGGGAUCAUUGCUGAUGGGCGUAAGCUACGAGAUCUCCAAACGGGAAGGAGUGCUAGGUGGACCUGAGAAGCCCAUUAGCGAAUUGGGCAAAAAGGGGUACAAGAGGUUUUGGGGCAAUGAGAUCGCGAUGUGGCUUCUGAGUAUCCCACCGACGAGCUCGGGUGCCAUAGAGGAUGGACAAGAAGUGGCGACAGUUGAUGUUUACGACUGCAGCAAGGCCACUUGGAUAGUUCCUGAGGAUUGCUUGAUGGUGUUGAGAGACAUGGGAGUUGUGGAGGAUGCAGGGGUUGGGCCGGUGGUGAAGCAUUCUGCGCUUGGUACACCCGCGGAACUGGAAGGUUUGACCGGUGCGCCAGUGCCAGCUCCUGAUGGUGUUGCCAACAAUGAGAAAGAGGGCACGCCACAGCAGGAAGAGCCAGUGGCUCAUCAGCGGCGGGUCAUGAUCCGGCACGAGGCAGUGAUGGAGUGGGUGAAGAAGAACAGGAUCAGCUUGAAAAAGCCAUGUGAUCCAAACGGUUUUGUGGAGGGCUAUGCCAUGAAGAAGGAGAAUGAUUCUGCGGCGGCAGAGGAGUCGGGGUAG